GGAACAAGCUGUUAUUAAUCAAAUCAUUGCUAUGGCUUCCAUACACAAUAGCCAAAAAAUUGUACUUUUCGUAAUUUUUUCUCUACUUUUUCUGUCUUCUUCUCCAACAGUACUUGCUAAGUCUCGUCGCCCAAUCUCUGAUGAAGAGAUCAGAGAAAAGAAACUCCAAUGUUAUGCAGAUAUUGAGAGUGGAUUAUGGGGUCAGAAGUGCAUUGCUACAGCAGUAGACAAGGAGAAUUGUGCUCUACAAUGCUUGUCACCAGUUUGUUAUGAGCGCGUUUAUCAAAGUGAUCCUUUGGAGGAAGGGGAAAAAGAUACCGUAAGGAGUCAAGAAUACAAGUACUGCAUGCACAAGCACUCCCUUGGGGAGAGCUUGGAUGAUAUUAAAGGUUCCUUCGAGUGGUAAAUGGCAAAUCUGCCAGCAUGGCUUGUGAAUUCCUGCGUCUCUUCCCAUUAACAACUUCCUGUUGUAUGUAUGAUGUUUGUCGUGUGGAUGUUCAUUGAUUAUGCUAAUCUGUAACAACGUACUCCUUUCAGAGAUUUAUGGUUUUCGUAUCCAUUUCUUUCCCUUCGGAUGUUUGGGAACAAUAAAUUCUCUCUCUUCGUGACACUGUGAGGGUAAUACUUGUACAAAUUUACUUCAAUUCAACCAAUUAUAGCAUGUUGUUACUCCA